AUGUCCCUCAAUUCGCCUCUCGUUCUAAAUCUCUUAAGCUCGUGGCUUACCUGUUUCGAUCUCUGUGCCUUACGCAUUCUUAAUCGCUGGUUUUUAAAUGAAGUACCACGUCAAACAAAAGAGCUCACGGUUUACAAUCUCACCAAUCUUUCAUUUAUGAAACAAUUGUGUAAGAUCUUUCCACAUGUGUGGCGUCUACGAAUACAAGAUGCUUUUCUCCACGAACCAACACCAAUGAAGUCGCUUGUGCCAUGGCUUAAUCAACUUUCAGAGUUAAAAGAGCUGGAAUUAAUUAAAAUCACCUGCGUCAGCGGGUUCGAUGCGAAUCUUUUGACUAAAGAGAUCACAAAAGUCACAAUUCAACACUGCUACCAAGUGCAGGAACCCACGAUAAUUUCCUCAAGUAUAGAUACCUUAAUCAUUCAGCACUGUCCAGUAUUCCAAUUCCAUAUAAACACAAGUCUUCCACAACUCAAGAAACUCUCAUUAUCAUCAAGAAACUUGACAACAUUACAAUGUCAGAAUCUCAUCACGAAAUUGCUGUCAAAGUCGCCUUUAUUGGAAUAUUUCAAUCUUACCGGUUGUUCGCAGCUUGAAGAGAUAGUUCUCGAGAUACGAGACAUCCCAGCACUACGUCAGUUUGAUCUCAGUGCUUGUUCAAUGCUUCACCGCGUUCAUCUAUCGUCUGAGUGUAUAGAAACACUUCUCCUCUCACCAAAUCUCAACUUACAAUACGUAAAUCUGGAUCUAAAAUCCAUCGUGAAUCUCGAUGUGUCAUUUCUUAAAAAUCUGACACAUCUCUCCAUCCACUCACCAUCUUUACAACAUCUAAAUCUUCGAGGCUGUGACCAAUUAAAGCGAGAGACUACGAAUCUUAAUUGUCCAAAUCUACACAGUAUUGUAUUACAAGGCACAAAGCUUACACUCGAUGACUUAAGCAAACCAGGACUGUAA